AUGCCCGUGGAUGGUCUUUGUUUUGCACAAGGACCCGAUACCAGCCAGCAGCAGGAGGCCCGUGUUGCAUCAAAAGCUUUGCUCCGUGUGUGGCGUAAGCAGCUCAUUCCCUAUUUGACCUGCUUCCUUACAAGUCAGUCCUGCCUCUCCGUCUUCUUUCCAAAAGCACCACAAACGAUGAAGCUCUCGAAGUUUGCCAAACACGCACUCACCUUCGCUGGUCCGUCGCCCAUCCAGCACCUGGAACGUCUGUCCAAGACCCUGGGCAAUAAGGUCCAGCUGUACGCGAAGCGCGAGGACUGCAACUCGGGUCUGGCCUUUGGUGGAAACAAGACGCGCAAGCUCGAGUAUAUCAUUCCAGAAGCCAUUGAGGGCGGCUACGACACGCUCGUGUCCAUUGGCGGUAUCCAGUCGAACCAAACGCGUCAAGUGGCUGCAGUUGCUGCACACCUUGGCUUCAAGUGUGUCUUGGUUCAAGAGGAUUGGGUCAACUAUCCCAUCGACGAGGCGCCUGUGUACGACACGGUUGGCAACAUCGAGCUGUCGCGUAUUUUGGGCGCAGAUGUGCGCAGACAUGCGGCAGGUUUUGACAUUGGCAUUCGUCCAAGCUGGGAAGCCGCCAUGGAGAGCGUCAAGAAAGCUGGUGGCAAGCCGUACGCCAUUCCAGCCGGGUGUUCAGAGCACCCUAAAGGUGGGCUUGGCUUCGUUGGCUUCGCCGAGGAAGUCCGGCAGCAAGAAAACGAGCUAGGCUUGAAAUUCGACUACAUCGUCGUGUGCGCCGUGACAGGCAGUACAAUGGCUGGCAUGGUAGUCGGCUUUGCGGCCGACGGACGGGCGAACAAGGUCAUUGGCAUUGACGCGUCCGCCACACCCGAGAAAACCCGCAACCAGGUGCUGCGUAUUGCCAAGAACACUGCAGAGCUGGUGGAGUUGGGGCGUGAGAUCACCUCUGACGACAUCGUGCUGGAUACCCGCUUCGGUGGACCAGAGUACGGGCUGCCCAACCAAGGAACGCUGGACGCUAUUCGUCUAUGUGCUCGUACGGAGGGUAUGCUCACCGAUCCGGUGUACGAAGGCAAGUCAAUGGACGGCAUGCUUUCCAUGGUACGCAACGGCGAGUUCCCUGAGGGCUCGAAUGUUUUGUACGCUCACCUGGGCGGGGCGCCUGCAUUGAGCGCCUACAGCUACUUGUUCAAGGAAGGCUAA